AUGAUCUCUUUGACCGACGUCUACUGUCAUCUCCUCGACAAGGGCAUCAUCUGUUAUCCAGGAUACCUUGCGGAGGACCAAUCGACAACUCCAGACUCCGCAGUCCAUGUCCGCGCCGCCAUCACCGGCGAUUUCCGGCAGGCCACACGCAGCCUUGAAUCCUUUGACACAGCUUCUCACGCCGAGCUGAGCAUGUGGAAGCGCCUCACCGCUCGGCAAGCAAUGCGAUUGGGGCCUAGCAGUGCCCCGCGAAUCCCCUCGCUGAUCCCCUUCGCUUCGCUGACGAAUCUCGUCGACCUGGCCUCGGAUUGA